CACAGUGGAAACUCCGAGAGAAUAAUUUUAAAUCUGCACACCAUAUUCCACAGGAAAAGGGACAUGAAACAUAGAUAUGGAUUAUCAGCCAAAGGGGAUCCUUUUCUCUAUGUUCUAACAUACUUCCCAGGUGUAGAACUGUGGGCCACGGCUGGGCCCGUUCUCUGGUCUGCCUGAAGACCCAGGCACGUGGGGGCGCCCAUCCCAGGACCAAGUCCUGUGUCUCCAUCCCGCUGCCGUGGCGGACACUUCCUUGCCAGAUGUCACAUGUGGGAGGCUAAUACUGACCCACUCUGUAUUGAGGGAGAAAGUAAGUUAAAAGACAAGAUAACUGGGCAAAGCCUGCGGGUACAAACUACAAAGUCCUUUUUUGCUUCCUAAGAGAUUUACUCUAUCUUUCUAUUUUCUGAAGCUUUUCUAAAUUGGAACUUUUCAAAUGCUGAGACAGUGUUAGUCCCAGGCUGAAAGAAGUUUUUGAAAAAAAACACUGAAUGCUGAUCAGAGAAAGGAAUAACCAAGCUUGUUAAAAGCAUAUUCAGAAGGAUGCCAAAAUAUACUAGAUCCCUGUAUAAACAGCACGGAUUGCAUUAACAGGUCUCCCUGGGUGAGUGGAGAGUUUUAUUCCCAACUCUCUUUGCCCACCUUAUGCUCACCCCACGGUUACAUAACCUUUGGAAAGGAAUUUGGAAAUUCUGACCCUGAACUGCUUGCUGAUAGAGCCGAGCCAGAGGCUGGCAGGGGCACAAUCUAAUAGGCGAAACUGGAAACACAAAUUCAGCCCUCUUGUCUCAGCCCAGAGACUGAGCAGGCGAGGAAAGAAAGACUCGCCCCUGUCUCUCUCCUCCCCUCCUCUGGCCUAAGUGUACGCUGACUUCACCCAACAGGCACCUGACCCUCCCAGAUGAGCUGGGAGGGGCCAGGGCGCCAAGCAAGGCCAUGGUAGGGGUGGAGGUGCAGGCAGCAAACAAUAUUUAAGAUGCUGAGUGGGUAGAGCAUUCAGACUGGGGAAGGAAAGCGAGGGGAUACCCGAUGAAGCUGCCCUUUCAGAAGCUCAAGUUUUGAGAACGGCUAAGACAGAGCAAGGAGAGAGAGAGAGAGAACAGCAAAGCGGUAAGUCCAUCGAGAGCAGGAGUGUUAGGUCAUAAUCUGCUGCAGCUUUGCAAACCUCAGCUGGGCACAUCCAGGUCCUUCCUCACCCAGGCCCAAGAAAGAUGCCGAAAAAGACUCUCUCGGCUAUGGCCUGGCUCUGCAUUUUCAUCGUGGCCUUUGUCGGCCACCCAGUGUGGCCACAGAAGCCCCCUAAGCGGAAGACACCUGCAGAAUUCACCGUGCCUGCCUGCUGCGAGGAGGCCAAGGAACUCAAGGCCCAAAUUGCCAACCUAAGCAGCCUGCUGAGCGAGCUGAGCCAGAAGCAGGAAAGAGACUGGGUCAGUGUGGUCAUGCAGGUGAUGGAGCUGGAGAGCAGCUCCAAGCGCAUGGAGUCUCGGCUCACGGCCGCCGAGAGCAAGUUCUCCGAGAUGAACAACCAGAUCGACAUCAUGCAGCUGCAAGCAGCGCAGACUGUCACCCAGACCUCAGCAGAUGCCAUCUACGACUGCUCGUCCCUCUACCAGAAGAGCUACCGCAUCUCCGGAGUCUAUAAACUGCCUCCCGACGACUUCCUGGGCAGCCCCGAGCUGGAGGUCUUCUGCGACAUGGAGACCUCAGGUGGCGGCUGGACCAUCAUUCAGAGACGAAAGAGCGGCCUCGUCUCCUUCUACCGGGACUGGAAACAGUACAAGCAGGGCUUCGGCAGUAUCCGCGGGGACUUCUGGCUGGGGAACGAGCACAUCCACCGGCUCUCUAGGCGGCCGACCCGGUUACGUGUGGAGAUGGAGGACUGGGAGGGCACCAAGCGCCACGCUGAGUACAGCCGCUUCGCUUUGGGCAAUGAACUCAACAGCUACCGCCUCUUCCUGGGCAACUACAGCGGCAGCGUGGGGAACGACGCCCUCAGCUAUCACAACAACACGGCCUUCAGCACCAAGGACAAGGACAACGACAACUGCUUAGACAAGUGUGCCCAGCUCCGCAAAGGUGGAUACUGGUACAACUGCUGCACGGACUCCAACCUCAACGGCGUGUACUACCUCCUCGGGGAGCACAACAAGCACCUGGAUGGCAUCACCUGGUAUGGCUGGCACGGGUCCAGCUACUCCCUCAAACGAGUGGAGAUGAAAAUCCGCCCAGAAGACUUCCGGCCGUAAACAGAG